AUGCCACAAAUUGCAGUACUUCAGAAGCACUAUAAAGUGCUGGAAGCGAUGGCGCUUGAUUUGGAUGAGGUACCGCACGUAGACGAUCAGAUUCAACCAUAUUUUGUGCAUGAAGCAUUCGCAAAACGAGUUAAAGAUCAGUUGGAUCAUUUUCGUGCAGUCACUUUACCGGAUGGAUAUAAUCCCGAAACAAAAAAGCCGGUGAAAGGACGUAAACUGGAAGCUGCUUCAGGAAAGAACAAAGAAGACGUUGAAGCAAAGAAAGCAAAAUACGAUGAAAUGUCACUUGAAGAAUUGGCGAAUAAUCAGUUGCUGAAGAAUUUAACGAUUGCCCAGUUGAGGGCAAAAGCCGCGCAAACGAAUAUCGCUGUGAAAUCAUCUGCGAAAAAGAAUGAUCUGAUUGCUUUCAUUGAACAUUUCUAUGGUAUGCGAAAAGAGGAAGCAAUUUGUGAAGAGGCAAAACCGCCAACUUCACGAGAGUGCUUCGAACAACUUGUAUCAGUUGAAGCCAAAUCUUCGGUUCAAGAAGCCUCGAAGCUUGAUGAUGGUCAUCAAAACGACGCCAAAAAAGAGAAUGAUAUAUAUCCAAAACAAUCAAAAGCAUCUGAAAUUGCAAAACAAAAAGGUGGCGAAGAAAUGCAGAAGAAAUGA